AUGGUCUUCAAGUAUUCUAUCCUAUUGCUUCUCCUACUACAGUAUACCAGAGAAUCUCUCGGCCUAUUUCUUCGCGUGGAGACCGGUCAUCAAAAUAUUGCAAUCGAUGGAAGGGACGUCUACUAUGGUCACUACACAAAGAUCCAUUUUCACAAUGUGACGUGUAUCGAUGCACUUGACAUUCAUUGCUUAAAAGAGUUAACUGGUGCUGAGGAGAUAGACUUGCUAUACACAGAAUGCCAAAAAGGACAUUGGAAAGUCGCUCAUUACACAAAUGCAAAACAUCACUUCAGGUUAAAAGAGCCAAUCCACGCACUUCGCCUCCUCAUCUCCAGUCGUCGUGAGCUUUCAGUGAUUGAUGCACAAGUACAAUCAUGUUCCUAUCCACCUGCACCACCCUCGGAAUGUCAUCGGGCAGCUCGAAACCAUAACCACCGUCAUGGGAAAUCAGGUUCUAUUUUGAGAGCUGUAGACCCGUACUCACAACUGGAAGCGGAGAUGGAAGCUGAAAUUGAGGCUGGUGCUAGAGCGUUGGCAAGAGCUCUUACACCAUCAACACCUCCGGUUACAACAAGAAGUCGGAGAGUUCGGAGAGAUGUCGAAGAUAUUACAAAACAAGAUCAGGAUGUUCAAGUUAUGCAUGGUGAUCAAGAAAUCACUGAAGACAAAGUUGUUCCAGUUGGAAGUCAACUUGAUGUUGCUGCUGGAUCAAAAUGGAAAUUCCGUAAAGGAGUUGGUCUAGUGGUAUAUGGUUCGCUAAAUCUCAAAGGAAACACGAACCAGCCAAUCAUAUUUGAACCAUCUACAAAAAAUGCUCGAUGGAGGGGAAUUGAGUUCCGUAACUCAUCAGAAUCAUCUCUAACACACGUGAACAUCACUGGAGCCGACGUGGCAGUGAGCGUUAAAUCCGGAACUUCUCCAGAUAUGGAUCAUGUUGUCGUUGAUGGAAAUGUAUAUGGAGUACAAAUUAGCGAUAUGGAUUCAUCUUCAACGACACAUCUAAAAUCCGUGGUAUCUGUAAACAACGAGAAGACAGGAAUCGAGUACCUAGGAAAGGGAUCUAUAUCUAUUGAUCGAGCAGUAUCAGCAUCAAAUGGCGAAGUAGGAAUUUCUAUAUCGACCGAUCAAAAAGUCACAAUCCGUCGAAGUUCAUCUUAUUCGAACAAGGCUACUGGCAUCUACGUGGGAACAUCUGAAAUCACUAUUGAAAACGUUGUUGUCAAUGCAAAUGGAUUUUAUGGAAUACAUGCUGAAGUUGAAAAAAGAUUUGAAAUGGACGGUGUUAAUGUGUCAGCGCAUCGUGGCGAGUUUGCUCUGGAAUUGUUUAUGUCUGGAAAUGCGAAAAUUGGAAUCGCCAAUUCCCGUUUUCACGAUAACAAGAAAGGCGGUGUGCGUGUUUCUGGGAAAUUUCAAAGCCCGAAUGUAAUUCUCCGUGACUGCCGAUUUCUUCGAAACUCUGGAGAAAUAAUCAUAUUUAAUGAGUUUGGACAAUCAAGUUUGAGCGUCGAAAAAUGUGAAUUUCUCAACAAUAAUUACAUUGAUUUUGACGGUGGAGAUUCAGUGGUAUCCAUUAAAAAUGUCAACGAAAACGGAAAAAUUUCAAUUUCCAACAACAAGUUCACCAAAAAUACAAUGCACGAUAUAGUCAAAUUAUUGGAAUCUGUCCCAAGUUCUGAAAUUUUCAUAACUGAUAACGAAUUUAAUCAGAAUCUUGCGAAUUCAAUUAUAACCACGAAUUCUGUCAACAUUUCGAUAUCCGAGAAUUUAUUUCAAGAUAAACGUUCAACGUGCGAAAUUACAUACAAUUCUCCAGCAAUGCCGAAAAUAGAAGACCUGACACAAAAUAAGAUGCUUUCUGGAAAUACGAAUCCAAUUUGUACUGGUCUUGGAUAUCAAACAAUUCAAAUGGAUGCUCCAAUAUCUUCUACUCCACUUCCACUUGUUGGUGUUACAGAAAAUCCGUUUAAAAAUCAAAAAGGUCUUAUAAAAGCGUCAUCGGAACCUUACAUUAUCAAUGAGGAAGUUUUGAUAAAUGUUGGAGAAAUAGUGGUCAUCGAGCCAGGAGCAAUUUUUGACUUUGCUCCAGGAGUCGGAAUAACUGUUUCAGGACAGCUAGUGAUGAAUGGAACUGAGGAUGUUCCAAUUGUGACACGUGGACAGAAUGGCAACACGUGGCGUGGAAUCGUCGCAAAACCAGAAGGAGUUCUUGAUGUGAAGAAUGUUGUGUCGGAAGAUGCAUCGAUUGGAAUAUGGAUAGAUUCGCAAAAAGUGAAAAUUGAAAAUGGACAAAUUGUUCGACCAGCUGUACAUGGAAUUGAAAUCACUCAAAACUCGAAUGAUGUCGUUGAUUUGGGAAAUGUUAUUAUUGAAGAAGCAAAUGAAUCGGCAAUUGGAGUUGAUGAGAGAAGAGAUGAUUUGCUCAUUAAAAAUGUUAAGAUACAGAAUGGUGCUGGAAGUGGAAUUGAUUUUAUGACACCAACAGGAAACAUCGAGCUUCAAAACAUCGAAGUAAAAAAUAUGGGUGGUUAUGGAAUCCAUAUUUCCGAAUUUCCAUCUUCUCCACUUCACGCAGUUUUACUUGAUAAUGUUAGUGUCAUUGAGCAAAAGAGAGGUCAUGCUGGAAUAUUGAUAAGUGGUGGAUGGAUUCAAAAUGUCGGAAUGCACAAUUUGAAGUUUAAGGAUAACGCUGUCUCUAGCUUAAUUGUUGCAUUGGAGUGCAAUGACGGAAAUGAAAAGCUGAUAAAGAUGGAGAAUAGUACUUUUGAAAGAAAUACGGAUAUUGUACAGCAUAUUCAACUGGGCAGUUGUGCUAAUUUACAGAUGGAAAAGAAUCGAUAUGAUUCGAACAAUAUUGAUGGAAUUGGCUCAACUCUAGUCAUAACAUCUGAAAAUAACGAAAAGAAGAAAAAUGGAGUCAUGGAAAUAGUGAAGAACAAUUUCACAAAUAACGGAGGAAUUUAUACAGUUACAGUGGACACAAAUCUACAUGAUGCGUACUUCACAGAUAAUAAUCUCAAAGGAAAUGAGAAUUCUGGAGCAGUUUUGAAGAUUAGUGGAGAGAAUGUGAAGAUUGUAACUAACAAUUUUGAUAACAAGGACAGCAAGUAUCAAAUUGGAUACUCGGAUGAUUCACCGAUAGACGCUACAUUCAACGAAUGGAAUGGUCUUGACGAAGACGCCGUAUUGAAAACAAUUGACGCAAAAGAAGGUUCUGUUCUUGUUGUUCCAUAUGGAUCAUCUACAAUAACAACUGAUAAUCAAAUCGAUGCGCUGACUACUGUAGUUCCUGUUACAGUCCCAGAUUCUUUGAAUAUUAAAUGUGCACAUUUGGCAUAUUGCUCUCGUCGAGGAACUUGUAAAGAAGGAAUUUGCAUUUGUCCACAUGGAUAUACUGGGUUCGACUGUUCAAUUCCACUAUUCUGUAAUUGCAGUGGAAAUGGAUUAUGCAAUCUUUUGAAUAUUUGUCUCUGCAACGAUGGAUGGUCUGGAUCAGAUUGUUCAAUUCCAAGAUGUUUAACAAAUUGCACAGGACAUGGAAAAUGCAUACAGCCAAAUUCAUGUGAAUGUGAUGCUGGAUGGAUGGGAGAGACAUGUUCAGUCACAUCUUGUAUUGAUUCUCAAUGCACUCACGGUCAUUGUGGAACAAAUGGUCUCUGUAAAUGUGAAGAUGGAUGGCAAGGUUCUCGAUGUCAAAUACCCCUCUGCAACAGUUGCUCAUUAAAUGGAAUAUGUACGCGGCCAGGAUUCUGCAGCUGUUUUGAAGAUUACGGAGGAUCGGAUUGCUCAAAAUGUGUUGGGGAUUCUUGUGAGGCUUGUGAUUUUGAUUGCAAUCAUGGAAUAUGCGAACCCCUGACAAAAACAUGCUCGUGUGCAAAAGGUUGGAUGGGUGGAGCGUGCGAUGUUUGUUCAAUUGGAAAAUGUGAAAACUCGAGUCAAAUUUAUUACAUUCAACCACCGACGGCUGAACUAGAAGACGUCAACACAGUAGUAAAUGUUUUUGGAGAAGGAUUCCCAAUAACCAACAACAAUUCCUACAUAUGCACGUUCGGAAGAACAAGUGUCACAGGUCACCGGGUUUCCUCAGCCUUGAUCAGAUGUCCAAUUCCAUCGAAUCUGACACUGGGGCGGCAUGUCUUCGGUGUUUCUCAACCUGGGCUAUUGAGUGCUAUCGGUAAUUCAGAACCAAAACCGAUCCAUUUCACUUUGUACGACGGUUGUGAGCCAUCCCUUUGUCAAGGAUCAUGUGUUGGACCACUCUGUAUUUGUCCACAAGGAAAGACUGGAAUAUUCUGUGACGUCAUCGAAGUACUUCCAACAAUUGACAAACGAUUCCUGGAACAUCAAAAAGCAAACACGGCAUAUGAAGGUGUUCCGUAUGUUCUAAUGCUUCCAACAAUGGCAUCAUCAGUUCUCCGCGUGAAUUCAAGUAUUCCAAAUCUUAACUUUAUUGCAUCAAAAGGAAUUGUUGCAUGGCCCGAGCCAAUUGGUUCACCUGACCCGUAUGAAGUUUCAGUAACUGCCUUUUCACCUGCUGGAGAGACUACAAUUUCAUGGAAUAUUACUGUUCAGCCGGAAUAUGCGGUUGAAGUUCAAAAUGUUACAGUUGAUGGAGGAAAAGCAAAACUAAAAGGAAAACUUAUUGGACCGGCAGCUGCAUCUUCACGGAAAAAUCCAGUUGUGAUCAGGGUUAGAAGAGAUGACAUAGUUGAUGAAAUAUUGGCAGAAUCAGAUACAUUUGGAGAUGUAAACUUUGAAUAUAUUCCAAUGCUUCCUGGUAUUUAUGAAGUUACAAUGGCUCAUCCCAAUGUCCCCACUGAUUCAAUUCAACCGAUUCGGUUUACAAUCCCAGAUUUGAAUCUUCCAAUUAUUGGUGAAUCUUCAAACUCCUCGUUGACUCUUGAUAUUUCACAACGAGAAGAUUGCGAAGUUAAAGUGAUUCAACCAAAAGUCGACAAUGUUAAAGUUGAGCAGCAUGGAUCACAAAGAAUUGUCAAUUUUGGAAGAUUUUGGGAUGGCGAGGUGCUUGCAACUGUAAUGUGUGGAGAUGUUCCAAUGGAAAUUGUACGGGCUCCUCCAAUUCAGAGUAGUGGAUCACUUUUGACAACUCCACAAGUCUUGAGUCUGUACGGAAAUGAAAAUCUUUACGAGGUAAAAGUUCAUUGGGAUCCUGAAAUGACAUUUAAUCCAUCUGUAACAGCUUCUGACAGUAGCUUCGAUGAAACACCUGUCACUAUUCCAGAAGAACAAUAUCUUCGAAUGACAUUCUCGACAGUUGGUGAAUCAAUUGGUAAUGGAACAAUUCAAGUGAAAGAUGGAGAAAAUCUUAUGGCUACAAUUCCAUAUUUCUACGCAGAUGCCAAUAAAUCUCAAUACUACACUUUCAAAAUUUGUGUUCGGGACGAGUGGGAUGGACAGGAAGGACGAUUGGCUUCUACUGAAGUUGCCACAAUUGCCAUUCAAAAUACUCAAAAAGGAGUUGAUGUUACAAAAACGAAUAUUCGAUUAAAUGUUCAAUGGGCCGAUUUUUCAUUGCAACCGGGAACUUAUAACCUUCUGGUUCGAAGUGAACUUCAUGAACCUGUUGAAGAAGUAAUUGAAUUGAGCCCCCUGAACACAAGUUUCUGUGUUCCGAUGAUAUCUUCUCGAUCAAGAAAUCUUCCAACUAUUCAUUGCUCUCAUUUCACGGAUCCAGCUUCAUGUGACGUGGCUGUCACUUCAGUGGCAUCUCCUGACAAUCAAUUGCCUAGUUUUCAUUUUGAGCCAUCAGUUGUUACAAAGAAAGGACAAAAGAUUUUAGUAACGCCACGUGGAAAUCUAGAUGGAACAAUUGGCCUGUGGAAUAGUGAAAUUGCCGGAAUAACUGUAACACCUUCUAAAAGAUCAGUGUCUCUGAAUGAAAGCUUCUGGAUUACAUUUUCAUGGAAGGAUCACAAUUUGAUAAAAUGUAAUGUGAAGACUAUUCCAGUUCAUUUUGUUUUUCUACCGAAUGAGAGUCAAUCCGAGGUUCCUGUUCACAGCUCCUCUAACAUUCUUAUAAGACAAAAAGAUGAUGGAAACGAGAUUUGUGAUUCCAAAAAUCAACCGAUCGUACCUGCAACCUCCACCCUUGUCAUGUGUAAUUGUGGAGAUGGAGCAAGAACAAGGUGUAGAGAGAAAUAUCAUUCUGCAACUGCAUGUGGUGGAUCAUGGAACAAAAUAGCUGAUGAUACCGUUUCUUUGGAGGUGGUUGCUUCAUUCUUAGCAAUGGUGUUUGAAUGUCGCGAGGUUUCAGUUGAUUUUGCGGAACUUCGAAGAUCUUUGGAAUGUGUUGCUUCGAUUGAAAGUGAUUGUCCGAUCAAUUCGAGACGUCGAAAACGAGAAGAUGUACAGAUGCAAAAUGAUGCGCCUUUUGGAAUUAUAAAUUCAAUUAACACAGAUUUUGGAAAAGUGCUUCCUGUUCUCAAUGCAUUGGAUGUUCAAACUAUACGAAUAUCUUCAGUUUUUAUCGAGUUCGUGGAUCAGAUUCAAAAAAUAUUUCCAGAAGAAAUAAUGAGUUUAUUGGAUAAGGAUGCAGUUGAUAGAUUCCUUGGCGCGAUCGCAGAUCAAUCAGAUGAAGGGCUUAUGAUAUCAGAAGCAGAGAGAAGAAUAAUUGGAUCAAGUGCAUCAAGCCUCAUUCAAUUAUGGAAUUUAACCGUAAAAAGUUGGAAGUCUGGAAAAGUACCCACUGAGAGGACAGGAAUAUCCCAUCAAGAUGCUAAACAAUUAGUGGCAGCUGCUGAUAAAAUCAAGUCAAUAUCUCGACAGAAUGUGGCUCAGGAUCCUUUUGCGAUGCUUCAUGGGUAUAUGGAACGAAUUCUUGAAACUGGACUGACAGAGCAGACAGAAUGUGCAAUGAGCACGGUUUUUAUUGAUAAGACUGAAAUAGAAGAAGAUGGGCAAUUGAGAAUUCAUGUUUAUAUAAAGAAUCGUGCGAACAUGACGCUGACAAACAUUGCAGUGAGAUUGUCAUUUUUAAAAUCUGACUCAAAAACGCCUACUGUAAAUUUCAAUACGGGACCAUCUUGGUCGGCAGGGGUCGCCAGUUUGAAUGGUCUUGGAACAUUUGAAACUGGAUCUUCAUUUGAAAUUCAUUGGACAAGAAUAUUAAGUGCACCAAGGAGACUAACCACUGUGGCAAAGUAUCAGCCAAUCGUUGUGUUCUCCUUCUCCAUAAUGGGACGUUUAACCCAACAAAAACUGUUUGCCCCUGAGAUUUCGGUGAUUCCGAAGAAAACGAUUCGAGCUAUCAAUAUCAUAAAAGACGAUUUGUCACCAAAAGCUGGAACCAACUUUUCCAUAAUCAGUGCCAUCAUUAAUCAUGGAUACACUCCACUAAAAAAUGUUGAAAUCAUUAUGGAUGAUUUGAAGCAUGAAGGAUCAGUGACACCAAGACUCGAUGAAAUUUUUGUGAAUGGAAAAGAAACACAGAAGACGUUGACGCCAAAGUUUUUGACAAUUCCAAGUGGAUCCACACAGAUUAUUCGUUUAAUUCUAAAAGAUAGAGAUGAUGGAAUUGUUACAAUAUCCUCUAUGAAUCUCACAUGUUUGGAAAACGAGAAACUUUUGCCAUUAGAGACAACUGAAACAUAUGCAAUCCGUGCCGUUGGAAUUUCAGAUUUUGGAAUGCUUCUAGCAACUCCAAAUCAAUCAGCACCUUUAUUUUUCUUCCGACCAACUGCUGCGCAAAUGGUUAAUGUCAUUAAAUUAGAAUUUUUAUCAAUACAACAGAUCAACUCCACAGAUUCAAAUAGGAAAAGCUUCGUCGCUGCAUUCCGGAACCCAGAGUCUUCAAGUUUCGGCGGCGCACUAUGGGCUCGAAUGCCAGUCCCCGAAGUGAAUGCUAUGAACAAAUUGAUUUCAAUAGUCGACAGAGGUGGCCCAAGACCAAGGGAACUUCAAGCCGUUGAGUGGACUUCGGAGGAAAAUAACAAUGAAAUGCUCAAUUGGAUUGAUCCAGGACCAGUAAGCUCUGCUCAGCAAAUGUUCUAUGAACUUCAAUUUUCCAAUCCCGAUGCCUCAACUCCAGAAGAUGAGAACCCACAGUUUGACCAACUUCAGUUCAGAAUCGAAAUUCCUCAAACCAACAUUGCACCAGAAACAGAAAUUGGACAGAUUGAAGCUACAUCGCCAGAAGAUCUCACAUACUUCCUGUAUACACCAGAUAACAAUAGAAGAUUCUCUGUGGAUUCUGAGAACGGAAGAAUAUUCUACGAUUCCGAUGAUCCACUGAGCAAUGAACAAGAAUACUGCGUAGUCUUGGAAGCCCGGGAUCCUCAGGGAAGAUCUACAAGGGUUCCCGUCGCAAUCAAUAAUGGAGGCCAACGUCGAGAUUGUAUGCUAUUCAGCACUAAUAAUCUGACACCAAUGAUUCACUUCGGAGAUUAUAUUCCAGCUCCGACAAUACUAACGCCGAGAACAUUUUUGUUCACUACUACACAACCAACUUCCCGGGUCACACCCGAUACUACAAGAAUCACAGAUUUUUAUACGAGAACAACAUCCUCUGGAACUACAUCGGAAACUUCAACUAGUACGAGCUCCCAAACCGUUUCUGAAACAGAUGGAACGACGUCAAUGUUUCAAACAUCAGAGCCUUCAACAUGGCAGACGUCAAAUGAGCCCACUUCCGAGCCUACUACAGUACCCUUAGAAACAUCUACUUGGCAAAACACGGAUGGUACAUCGAUGGAACCUACAUCGGUGACACCAGAGGAAGGACAGACGACGUCUCCUACAGCUACCACAUUGACAUUUGUAGAUUCCACUCUUGAAACAGUUACCACAACUGAAGCGACGACUACUUCUGAAGGCACGACUUCCCAAGAAGAUUUCGGAACAACCUCUAUGACAACAUCGGAAUCUGAAGGAACAUCUCCGGAGUAUAUCACGUCAGAAGCCACUUUAGAACCUAUCACAUCGACUGUAGAGUCAACCACAACAAUAAUGAUCUCUACCAUAUCAGAAUUAAUUUCUACGUCUGAUUACACAACACAAAGUUCCGAUUCCACUUCAAUGGAACCUAUAAUGUCAUCAACAUCAACUUUUGAAUCUUCCGCGUUCCCAACACCCGAUGGGUUUACUUUAGAGCCAAUCACAACAACUAUGACUACUGAAUACCCAGACGGAACAACUAUGACUUCUCCAGAUGCUACUCUUCCGAUUCUCACGACAACAUCAAGUGAAUAUUAUACAUCAACACAGGAAUCAAUAGCUUCUUCAACUUCUGAAGUAACAAUCAUUCUUCCAACAGAUUCCACCACGUUUUUGACACCUCCGCCUAGCACAACCACGGAGCUUAUUUACACAGUAUCUUCUGAUGGAACACUGGAGCCCAUAACAUCUGCUCCAACAACAAUAGGCUCAUCAUCGGAAGGACCAACAACAGCAACAUCUACUGAGCCCAUUUACACUGCCAGCCCGGACACUUCUCCUGAAACAGAAGCAACAAUUGGGCCACCAAUUCGGAUAUCUACAGUUGGAGGUGGAGAUACAUAUGUUACAUCAACUCCUGGACAAGGAUCUACAGUUACCACUCAGAGUCCAAUAGAUGAUACUGAUCUGGAGUGUGCUUCAACCACUGCCGCGUUAUCUGCAUAUUCGAAAAUCAUAUGCGAUAUUCAAGCUAUUUCACGACGCAGACAACGAUCUCAAACUUCUUUUUAAUUUUAUUAGUCGACUCCCUGUUUAUCUUUCAAAGAUUUGAAUUUGCGGGUUUAUCUAUUGAUUUUAAUAAAUGUUUAAUUUUUUUAC